AUGCACAGAAAUUCCCAAACUAUAGCAAAAACGAAGCCAAAAAUUCGAAUAAUCCACAUUUUCGCACCGGAAAUCAUCAAAACCGACGCAACAAACUUCAGGGAGCUCGUUCAAAGGCUCACGGGCAAGCCCACGGCGGCUGAUCUGAGCAGCCGCGGCGGCACGAAAAAGGCCAAGCCAAGAAAGAAAGAGGCAAGAAUCUUUCCUUCGAGCAAGAAAAUGGAGAUGGCUAUGAGGGCUGGAUUCCAUGCAGGCUUGAGAGAGAGAGAGAGAAUCAAAGGGGAGGAGGAGAUUUGGAGCAGUGCCAAUUCAGGCGGUGGUUUCUUGGGUGGCUUUGCAGACUUUGAUGGCUUCAUGCAAGAAAUCAAUCACUUUCCAUUUUUGGAAGGUACAACAUCUCAAAGCAUGGAUGUCAAUGGGCUGUCUCAGCUUGCUUGA